AUGGCUCCUGGGGCACCCUCAUCCAGCCCCAGCCCUAUCCUGGCUGCCCUGCUCUUCUCUUCUUUGGUGCUGUCCCCGGCCCUGGCCAUUGUGGUUUACACAGACAGGGAAGUCUAUGGUGCUGUGGGCUCCCAGGUGACCCUGCACUGCUCCUUCUGGUCCAGUGAAUGGGUCUCAGAUGACAUCUCUUUUACCUGGCGCUACCAGCCUGAAGGAGGCCGAGAUGCCAUUUCGAUCUUCCACUAUGCCAAAGGACAACCUUACAUUGACGAAGUGGGGACCUUCAAAGAGCGCAUCCAGUGGGUGGGGGACCCUCGCUGGAAGGACGGCUCCAUUGUCAUACACAACCUUGACUACAGCGACAAUGGCACUUUCACCUGUGAUGUCAAAAACCCACCAGACAUAGUGGGCAAGACUUCUCAGGUCACGCUCUAUGUCUUUGAAAAAGUGCCCACUAGGUAUGGGGUGGUGUUGGGAGCCGUGAUCGGGGGCAUCCUCGGGGUGGUGCUGUUGCUGUUGCUGCUUUUCUACCUGAUUCGGUACUGCUGGCUGCGUAGGCAGGCGACCCUGCAGAGGAGGCUCAGUGCCAUGGAGAAGGGGAAAUUUCACAAGUCUUCCAAGGACUCCUCGAAGCGCGGGCGUCAGACGCCAGUGCUGUAUGCCAUGCUGGACCACAGCAGAAGCACCAAAGCUGCCAGUGAGAAGAAGUCUAAAGGGCUGGGGGAGUCUCGCAAGGAUAAGAAAUAGCGGUUAGCGGGCCGGGCGGGGGGUCGGGGGUCUGCGACGGAGUCCUCCAAAGGCUCUCAGGUGGUGGUCAUCGAGAUGGAGCUUCGUAAAGAUGAACAGAGCUCAGAGCUCCGGCCUGCAGUCAAGUCCCCCAGUAGAACCAGCCUCAAGAACGCCCUCAAGAACAUGAUGGGCCUGGAAUCGGACAAAUGA